AUGGGCUGUCUAGUUGCUCGAAACAAGCCAGUCUUACCUGAGACAGAGCAACUAAAGGGUAAAGUAUCAGAUAAGGAGCUGGACUCGCUCAGAGCGGUAUUGAAUUGGAAAGCAGACGAUUUUUCGAAGCACAAGGCUGAUAUAGGUUGCUGCAAUUUUGUAGAACAUGAGACUGAAAUAGAAGAGGGCUCGGUAUCUCAUAGGGAGGGAGCUAAGAGAAUGACCACACACAACUCAAAAGCCUGCAGAAAAGAAAUCGAAAUGUUAAUGGAAUAUGACAUGAUCGAGCCGUCGAAGUCUCCGUGGGCUUGUGGCGUAGUCAUGGAUCAAGAAGCGGUUGACGCGGUACUGACCUGGAAGGCACCGAAGACUGACAUGCAAUUGAUGAGCUUUCAAGGAUUCGCUAAUUACUACCGAGAGUCUAUCAAAAAGUAUGCUGACAAGAUAUACCCUAUGCAACAAUUGAUGAGAAACAAGGGUAAGAAGUUCAACUGGACUGACGACGCUCAAGUCUCCUUUGAGAACAUCAAGCGCAAACUUUCCGAGGCUCCGGUCCUCGGCAUGCCGACAGAAAAGGAGAUGUUUGUAUUAGAUACACACGCAUCAGUAGUUGCGAUAUCGGGCAUACUUUACUGGGAACAAAAGUGA